GAAAAAAAUUUGGCCAAUAUGGCGUUCAACUUUAUUUUUGUACUCCCAUAAUAGCUCUUAUUACUCACAAUAAUGAUAUUUGCCAUUCGCAAUUGGUCUCGCAGUUUCCAGAUAUCUAAUAGUUUUCUUCUCGCAUAUUGUACGAAUACGCCACUAAAAUGGAUGUUUUGAUUUGUUUUCAUUUUUAAUGAAAAGAUAAUAAUGGAAUGCAUUGAAUGGUAUCACACUUUUGGGUCUAAUAUAAAUGGAUGAAAAACAAAUCAAUGAGCUGUUAGAGUGUUCUGUCUGUUUAGAGCGUUUUGACCAAAACUGUAAAGUUCUUCCAUGCCAGCACACAUUCUGUAGGCAGUGUUUGGAUGAAAUUGUUCUCACACAGAAGGAACUGCGCUGCCCAGAAUGUCGUGCUCUAGUGACGGUUCGUGUGGCAGAGCUGCCAACUAAUAUCCUCGUUGUCCGCAUUCUAGAAGGUCUCAAAACUAAAGGGCAUAGGUAUCCUGGUAGCCGGCAUGGUCAUGUUGGCCUCAGUCCAUCUAAAACUGUGACCACUCGGCAUGACAGACGACAUGAAACAGCUGCUCACCUAUCAAAGCUAGGGACCCCUUGUGCAGAGGCCUUGUACAGAUAUGAUUCUUUGGAAAAAGAUGAUCUGCCCUUUGAUAAGGGAGACAUUAUUAUACUGCGAAGACAAAUAGAUGAAAAUUGGUACCAGGGAGAGCUCUCUGGGCGACUAGGUUAUUUCCCUGCUAACUUUGUUCAGAUAUUAGUUCCACUACCUCAUCAAAUCCCACAGUGUCGGGCUCUCUAUGAUUUCCACCUUAAGGAUGAAGCUGAAAAAGAUUGUCUGUCCUUUAAAAAGGAUGAAGUAUUAACCGUGAUACGAAGAGUGGAUGAGAACUGGCUAGAAGGCCGCAAAGGAGACAGAAUUGGAAUAUUUCCCAUCACUUUUGUUGAACUGAACGAUGCUGCUCGAUUAAUUGUGCAGACCAAGUCUAAUCCUGCACCAUCUUUACCACAAAGCUCAUCCUCUUCUGUGAAUGCCAACAGAAGUGUUCCAGCCAGUGUGUCGGCAGGUACCGCCCCUUUGCCUGGAUCCCCUGUUGCUGCUGCGGAGGAGCUGUCCUGCUCAUCACCUUUUACCCCUAUCUCUUCAGAGACAGUCACCACAGUAUCCUCGCAGCCCGUCACCGCUGGCUCCUUGUCUCCAGUGCCAUUGUCGUCCGGAGCAACGCCUCCUUUAGAAUCAGUGCAGCUCAACAAUAACCGCCAUUCACACAGCUCCUCUCCCCUGCUCAACUCAUCUCCAGUGACAACAAGCAGUGACUCUCAUAACAGACAUUCCACCGAGGUAGUAUUCCCAGAUGGUCAUAGUUCUACCAGCUUAGUUCCAGACUCAGCAACAUCAGCCUCCUCUUCACCUUUAUCUCCGUUAACUUCUGGAGAUCCACAGGGGAGCUCAUCUACAUCUAGAAAUACAUCAUCAACAAACACAGCAUCAGAAGUUUGUCCUGACUCUACAUCAAGCUCCCAAUCUGGAUCUUUAACAACCCCAGUAUAUAUAGCACUGUACAACUACAAGCCUCAGAAAGAAGAUGAAUUAGAUCUGCACAAGGGAGAGUACUACAGCGUCUCAGAAAAAUGCCAGGACGGCUGGUUUAAAGGGGCAUGUCUCCGAACAGGGGAGGCUGGGGUAUUCCCUGGGAACUAUGUUAGUAUGGUUAGGCAUUCUAGUGCUUUCAAACCAGUGAGUCCAAAUGUAUUAAACAUAAGAGCCAAGGCUCCUCUGAAUUCUAUGGUGUCUCCUGCGAGUACAGCUCACAGUGAACCAAGAUCUACUGCCCCAAGUACUAACAUGUCCAAUGAAUCACCUUCUACUACUUCCAUGGCGCCUCCACUUCUGCCUAGGGUUGCCAAAAUGCAGACCUCAGGUCAGAAGCCACGCUCACCCUCAUCGCAAUUAGCUCCACAUCCAUCAAGGUCACUUUCCAGCCCUACAGCCCCAUCCUCCCCUAAGCAUGUCUUCUCACCUCCUCGGCCAGCCUCACCAACAUCAUCAUCAUCAUCCUCAUUGUUUGGGAGCUUGUCUCGUCCGCUUAUACCAGCCCCUCCCCAGUCCUCCCUGCAGUCAACACCCCAUCACGCCCUAUGGCUGUCCCCUGGGUGGCAGUCCAUGUCAGCCUCUGCCAACAUAACCCCACCCAAUGUUGUCAUGGUAGCAAACAGCUUAGAGCCAACAUCAUCAGCUCCUGCGAAGAAGGAUAAAAAAGACAAAGAAAAGAAAGGUUUGGUGAAACUGUUAUCUGGUAAGAGCAAGAAAUCUAAGCAGACUCCAGCAGUCACAGAGAGUGCUCCUCCCCUUGCAGUAGUCUGCUUUGAUGGUGUUAAUCAUAUGAGGUCUGGCUCUUACCCAGUUGAAACAGUUGCCACCUCCUCCAGCGGUAGGUCUGAUGCUCACAGGAAGGCAGCUUCAUUUGACUCCACCACUGCUCCACCAGUACCAGUGAAACCUAGGCCUAAACCUGUCCCAAGAGAAAGGUAUUACUGCAAGCAUCAAUAUCCUCCCCAAACUGAGCACGAGCUGGCUCUGGAAGUUGGGGACAUAAUACACGUUCAUCGCAAGCGUGACGAUGGCUGGUACAAGGGAACCCAAGAGCGUACUGGCAAGACUGGGUUAUUUCCUGCCAGUUUUGUGGAGAAAUGUGACUGAAACUGCGCCACUGGCCGACAAACUUUAUGGGCAAUCUGUUCAUUUACCUCAGCUGAAACUUACAGCCUCGUUUUGACUCAAUAGUGCAUAGAGUUUAUUGCCGCCAAGGUAUUACUGAAGCCAGGAAAGAAUGUGUUCUUUCUUGUGUAAACACCCAUGAACUGCUCAAGUUAUCAAGUUACGCUGCUGUUACAACUUGUUCUCCAUCUCAGUCCGUAGUGAGAUGGUAAGGCUGGUGACAAGCAUAGCUCAUAGACGUGUUACCCAUGUGAACAGUUCUUAUCAGGGUAAUCAUACUUAUAUGUACAAGGUAGAAUUUCAGUGUUUCGUGGCUAAUCAUUAGCCUUGUAAACAUCCACUUCUUUGAUGGUAGAAACUAAGAAAAGGAAUCUUCAUUUUUUUGCCUCAUAAACUACACUUCUCCAUACUGAAUGUGGAGAGCUGGAAAAACUCAACAUAUUUUUUUUUUCAAUGAACACUAGUCAUAAAGUUUUAUAUUUGGUUUGUUUGUUUUUAUUCUACUGUUGUUGUUGGGGGGUGAGGUUAAACUUAAUUGGUCUGUUGAAGCACCACACAGGAUCAGACACCCAUCUCUCUCCAUUCCUCUCUUGUCUUUAGCCAGGAGUCUCUGUCAUAGAUGGCCCAUUCAUUUCUUAAUGGUGUCCUCCCACCGCUUCUCCUGACUGUCCUCCUUCUUUUUCCUGGUUUUGUUCCCUGCAGAAAAGUCUUUGUCAGCCUUGAGGCUCUUUUUAUCUGGUCAUAGAGUCUUAACUCUCGUUUCCUGACAUUGGUCAGGUCGUCAUCAUGGGGUCCAAUCAUCUGUGAUCCUCUUCUGCAUUUCCAGUUUUCGAAUGUGACGCCUGGAAUCCAUCCUCAUCUCAAUUCCAUGGUUAGGGUCUUCCUCUCUAAUUCUAAACUUGAUCAUCUAAAUACUAUAUUAUAAGCUACACUUAAAUCACACACCCUUAACACUGAGAUAAAAACAGACACACACACACACAGUUUAGUUCACCAGCUUGCAUUCUUUUGAUGGUUUAUGUAUUGGAUUUUCUAUAAGGUGAUCUGUUAGUGUAAUCCUUUAUUUUUUUUUUUAUAUUGCCGAAUCAAAAUACCCACCCACUCGUGUACUUUGUCACUGGUAUAAGGGGAACAGUUGGACUGAUUCUACCAAUGAUCAAUAUUUCAUUGCUGGAUCUCUGAUCCAUUCAUGAGUUGAACAAACAUAUAUUUUAUCAUUCUAUAUAAAUACAUGUGUAUAGAUCAAACUGUUUGCAUUGUUGAUGUAUAGUUCACCCAUGAAUUUGUAGUUGAUAAUAUUUUCCAAAUUAUUGUUUUGAUACCUAAAUGUAUAUUUAUAUAUAUAUAUAUAUACUUAUUUGUUAGAUCUAAUAUUUGCAUGUAGAUUAUUAACUUGAUCACCAGACAAUGAAUGGUUUUACGUGGCAGAAACAAAAAUUGUAAGGAGUUUUUCUUUGCAUGAAUUUGCUACUUAAGUAAACACAGUCAAAUCAUGUUAUAUUUGUUUUCAUAUUACCUGUUAUGGUUCUUGGUAAUUAGCUGAGUGGAUCAUGUUUCCAUCAAGUUGUUCAGUUGUCUUCAAUAAGAUUGGGUGAUUUCUCAGAAGUCUUGGCCAUGCAAAUGUUUUUGUUUCAUGAUAGUCGUGAGAAGAACAGAAAAGGAGCAUAAGACUUGAUAGUAUAUGGUCAAAAAUUUAGAUAUUUUUGAGACAGUUUAUCUGGAUCCAUAGUGGUUUGAAUCUAAAAGUUGAAAGUCUCAUUCAGUUUUGUGGGGCCUAGAACUGAUGGAGUCACCCUAUUUUAUAAUAAAAAAAUGUUUAUUUCUCCUCGGCUCAACCUCUUUUAUGUUGAACUUCAUGGCACCAAAACUAUUUUGUUUGCUCAAACGGAUGUGUGUGGGCAAGACUUUGUUUUGUGUGGUCCUGGACAGGGUUAUAAAUAUAGAGUCCACUUUUACUCAUGUGCUAAUUCCCUAGGUCAGCCAACCAAAGAUUCUUUUGACACUGAAUAGUGCAGUGUAUAAUUUUCAUCUCAAUAUGUUGUAAGCAAAUGUAAGUCUUCAGUUUAGGAGGCUCCAAUUAGUCCUCACUGGAUCAUGCUAUUUAGUUUAGUGAAAUAAAAGACAAAGCUAUUUAUCUGUAGAGUUUUAUAUUGAUAACUCUUUUUUGUCUGAAUAAUAACUUUAUUUAAUAUUAUUCAUGUUCAAAUAAUUAGUUAUUUGAUCUAAAAAAAGCUUUGUUUCAUAAACAGUUUAGUCUCAAAAUGAUAAAGUUAUAACAAUUGUAUAUGUUGAGUCCUAGCUUUUACAUCUACUGAUCAUUUCCUACUGUCCAGAAAACUUUGCUUAGUCUACGAUCUUUUUCUAUUAUCUUUCACUUGAAACUUGGUUAUGCAGUUUUGGUUUUAAAUUUUUUUAUUUUUUUAAUGCUCUUCUGAACAAGGGUUAUGCCCCAUGGCAGCAAUUUAUGAAUUUGCCAUGUUAGCUGAUUGGUCAGCGUGUCUAACGUCCAAAUUAAUUUCAAAUAGGAUUAUAACCAUUUAAAACAUCUGGUUCCUUGAGUUUAACUUCACUUUAUAAUUUCAUCACAGUCCCCUCUUUGGAAGUCUAAUCUGUGACUUGAUUUCAUCACGGUCCUGAGUGUUAUUAAGUUAACUCCUUGAUUUGAUUUCAUCACAGUCAACUCCCUGAGUUCCUCUUGCUUUGAUUCUUGUUCAAAUGUCAAUGUUUUCUUGAUUUGUUCAUGUACCAAGUAGCUCUGAUUGAAUUCAGUUUCUUUCCAUAAAUUUAUAUUGUAACAUCUCUGUCACAGGAAGUUCAGUUUCUCUUAAAGUUUAUUUUUCCAUGCCACAUUCUUGAUAUCUAAGUGUAAGAUCUAAACUGUAAAGUAGAAUCCUUUUUAUCUCAUUAAAAUAAGAAGCCAUUUGUUAUUUUGACAACAUAGAUUGGCUGCUCUUCUUCCACACAUUUUUUAAAAUUAACUUGUAUUUCUUUCAUUUGGUAUGUUCCAGUCUAAUUGAGCUGUAUAUAGUAUAGAUAGUUAUAGAUUGUGAAAAAGGCUUGCUUCACACCAAGAGGAUUCCUCUGUAAGAGAGAAGUUGAACCAAGUCCACGUGCAUGUCAAGGCUGUCACUUUCUUUGCACCACAGGGCAUUGUAAUGUAUAUCAAGUGGAUUUCUUUGUUCACUUCAUAAUCCUUUGAUUUGAUGUAAAUUACCACAAUAAAACAACUGACAGAAAUAAAAUGGAGAGCUGCCAAAAAGACUUGUUUCACAACACCCCUGCCUGUAAGCUGGAUUUGAAUUUAAUACCACGGCUAACAUUUAAUUUGUCAAAAGUAAUUUGCCCAUCAAAAUUUUAUUGGUCUUAAGUCCCCCCCUCCAGAGAAUGCCCCUUCCCCCCCCCCCUCCUUUGCACAUCUUCCAUAAAAGAGUUUCUUAUAUGUUAUAUCUAGGGUUUCUAAUAGUGUAAAUUUUGUUUUGAAGUACAUUAUGGAUUUCUAAAUAAGUUUGUAGCCCUGUUUGAUUUGAGAAUGUUCAACUAGAACCUAGUAUCACAGACUUCUCUAUUGGACAACUUUUCACUUUGUUUUACCAUUAGCUUUGGACACUUUGUAUUCUCUGUCUGGUCAAAUAAGAGAUUACACUUUUGGUCCUACUAUUUGCUCAAUUCUUUACAACUCUUCUAUUGGUUCAUCUACUUUUCUACAUACCUUUUCUCUUUAUCCAACUAUUUCUUGGUAACGAAAAUCAGAGGUUCUCCAUCCUUUGAGAAUCAUGGGCCACCUAGAAUAACUUUUCUUCCCUCGCAAAAUACCUCUGAAAAUUGUGCCCUAAUUGUGGACCACUGAGUAAUAAUAUAAUUAAAAUAAUAAUAAUUUAAAAAAAUCAAUUAUGCAAACUUUUAGAUUUUUUUUUUUUGUAAUGUUAAAAUUUCUUUGCUUUUAAAAUGUUAGUUUUAUGAGACAUUGUUCACAGUUUUGUUUGGUUCAAUUGACACACAUUUUCCCCUGAAUAUCCCAAACAUGUUAUGUACUGCUAUUAGGACCAGUGCAAUUUUGUUUUGUAGAGCCUUUCACAAGUCAGUCACUUGUUGAGUUGUUUUGUUAUUUAUUUCUCACAUGCUUAUAACUUUGUUAACUGUAUACACACAUUGUUUAUGAAGUGCGCUGUGAUUGGAGAGUUUGUCUAGUAGUGUACGCAUGUUGUGUGUGUGCGUGAGUGCUAUGCAUGAGAGGAGUGACUUCUCAUAAGGAAAUGAUGUGCUACUGGUCCAGUAUUUUACUCUCAAAUAGUCUCUAAACCAACAAGUACCAAGGGACUGGAAAGAAGCUAAUGUCACCCCUCUAUUUAAAAAAUGUGCUAUUAGAGCAUGGAAUGGGUUGCCUGAGCUAGCCAGGAAAACCAGUGACUUGGCAGAAUUUAAGUCAUUGGUUAAUAUGCAUGGCUGAAUGCAUGACGCGUGGGACGUAAUCAUCUUCUUUUUUUAAGUAAUUUUUGAAGUAUUAUAUAAGAUAAGAUAAGAUGUUUUAUGUUCAUCCCUCCCCUCCCCUUCCACCUAUAUACACUGUCUCUUCAGCCUCACUCUGUGCUGGUACAGUGUUUCUUCCCUUGGGCUCUGUAAGGACCAGUUCUAGUGAUUGUCAAUAAGUGGACUAAAUAAAUCUAAACGACCUGCUUUUGCAGAAAAUCACUGACACAGUUCAUUUUAUUUUUUAAAACUAGAUUAUUAUUUUUAUUUGAAACUCUCUUUAAAAUGUUUGCAUAACUGGAAACAAUGAUUUCAUACUUUCUGUUUUGAUCAAUUUUGUGUGAAAAAAACAACAAUAAUUUGUUAUCAUUUAGGUCCAGUUUGAGCUCUUUUCUUAUUUAACAAAAGAACAUUUGUACAGAUACUUCAUCUAACAAGAUAGUUUAUACAUCCCAAGCUUUUAGUAGAGGAAAUCUUAAAAGUGUGCAGAAUUCCAUUGGUCAGCAAAGUCAGUGUGACUUGGCUUUGUAAGCACGCCAACCUUCAACUUAAUUUUUUGUGUUACACACAGGACUUUGUAUAAACAUCUUCCCAUCUUUUAGCUUUCACCCUUACUCUUCCCCCUCCGUCCUGAGUUCUGUCCCCUUGCGCGUCUCCCACCACUGUUUGUACAUAUAUAAAUAGUCUCUAUUUCUGUAUUUAUUACUUCAUCAAGCUGCUUGACUGUAAAGUAUUUGGUUCUAGUUGAUACAGAUCUUCUUCUACAGAUCUUCUUCUCAUGCAAAUCACUUUUUUUCCCCACAAGGAUAAUGCCCAUUCUCAUGGCUAGUGGAACAAAUGUUUAUUUUUUAAAAAUGUUACUAUGUGAAUGAGUUUGUAAUCAAUAUUAGCCUAGUACUACUGAUAUGACUUGAUCAGCUUGGUCUGUUUAUCUUACAACACCAUUGUGAAGUUAUUCAUUCUCAGAAACAAAACAUUUGAACACUUGAAAGUUUCUAGUAAUUGGGUUUGGACUUUAACAUCUUUUUUUGGUGUGAAAUUGAAUGUUCAGGUAGCAUUAGACUUCAGCAAUUAUGCUGAAUGAAAGUUUCUCUACAUCCCAAAAAAAUAUGUAUUCUUUCCAGCAAGUCUACUACCCAACCAUUCUUUUGUUUUAACAGGAUGAUUGGAGAAGUGGGGGGGGGGGGGGGGGGG